AUGAAGCUCUUCGAAGAUGUCCUCUCCGGCGACGAGAUGUUCUCUGAUGCCUUCCCUAUCAAGGAGGUCGACGACAUCGUUUACGAGGUUGACUGCGCUAUGGUGACCAUCAGGGAGGGAGAUGUCGAUAUCGGCGCCAACCCGUCCACCGAGGAGGGUGAGGAGGGCGUCGAGGACAGCGCCCAGACCGUCAACAAUGUUGUCCACUCCUUCCGUCUCCAGUCUACCGCCUUCGACAAAAAAUCCUACCUUACCUACCUUAAGGGCUACAUGAAGGCCGUCAAGGAGAAGCUCCAGGAGACCAACCCCGAGCGUGUCGCAACGUUCGAAAAGGGCGCACAAGGAUUCGCCAAGAAGGUCAUUGCGAACAUCAAGGACUACGAAUUCUACACCGGCGAGAGCAUGAACGCCGAUGGCAUGGUUGCGCUCCUCAAUUACCGCGAGGACGGUAUCACGCCAUAUUUCACCUUCUGGAAGGAUGGCCUCAAGGAGGUCAAGCUCUAG